CCGCAUAACCAGCGCCAGUUGCAGAAAGGUCCACAUAGCCAAAAAAGUUUUAAAACGUAUAAAUAAAACCAUAACCAAAAUAUAUUAUUUAAACAACAAAAACAAAGCUUCGACGUAGUCGUCUUACCCGUCGCUUAUACCCGUCGCCGUCGCACCAAACGUUCUCCAAUGCACUACACUCUUAACAACAAAAUGUGGCAGCCGAGCACACAGCACAUCCUGACGCUGAUCCUCUGCAGCACCCUUUGCCUAAUCAGCGCGAGUCCUCUUCCACAUCCCGCAGGCAAUCAGGAAUUAGAUGUGCUUCAAAUACCUUUGACUAACGGAAAGGAAAUCGAUGUCUUGACACUUGGCGCAAAAGAUCAAGAUCAAUUGAUAGCCGAUCGCAACAAAAGAACUAUUGGACUGCUGCGCGAACUAUUCCCCGACAUAACAAAGAACGGUGCAACCGAUACGAAAAUCGAUCUAUCGGCUAUUAAUAAACAACUUGAGGAAACCAUAAGAGUUGCGCGCCAGGUGAAAGAAGCAGAGGCAGCAGCCGCUGCAGUAGCCCAAUCGCUAAGCUCACCUGUGGCCCAGGCUCCCAUUCCUCUCAAGUCCAACGAACCCAUUCAGCUGAGCUUUAACAAUGAACUGUCAACGGUUAAUACCGGUAGCAGCAGUAGCAGCAGCAACAUUGGAUCCACCGAUGUCAAAGCGCUGAGCACUAACGAUUUGCAGCUAUCAGAAUCGAAAUCCCCGGCCAUAGAUGAGUUGUCGUUGGACUCUGUGGAAGAUACUGCCGAUCUGGAUGAUCGCAACAAGAGUAAUUUAUUUAAAAGGUUCCUGAGUUUCGGAGGAGCUGGUCUGGCUGGCGGCUCAAGCGGCGGCAGUUCGGGAGCUUCGCCUAGUGGCAACAGUUUGGGCGGCGGCGGCGGCGGUUCCGGUAACUUUUUGCUGGAUGUGGUGCGCCUUUUCUCUGGCAGUGUGCAGACCCAGCAGGGCGACGAGGCCGCCAAUAGCGUCGGCGGCGGCUCCAGCAGCAGUAGCACAGAUGACACGGAUGCUAGCAGUGACAGCACUCGUACCGCAGAUGGUUACACCGAGGGUAUUCCCGGCCCAGUGACACGUCUCGUUGUCUUAGCCAAUCGAGGUCUGGCCAAUCUGGUACAAGACUUGAUAUUGCGUGUUGCCGCCACGAGCGAAAAGUUUGUGAACUUCAAGGCCAAAUUGAUAACGGCGCUGAUAUAAUCUCCCUUGGCCACAUCCUCACGUGCCCGUUUUAGUCAAGUCAACCCAAUUGUACAGAGUCAACGCAGCCAACUGCACGCCCACAUACACACGCGCACAAACACUUGAUACUCUUCCACCAUCACAUACACUUUAUAAUGUUGUGUUUUUUUUUGACAAUUGAAAAAAUCCACUUUUUAGCAAAAUUUCUAAUCUUUAUGAAUAUAUACUCAACUAAAAACUCUAACUAGCGCAGGUAGAUAAAAAUUUACAUCAAAAUUUGCAAUACAAAAAAGCGAAAAAAAAAAACACUUUUUAUUUAUUUUUUUUUUUUUUGUACGAAUAAAAAACGAAGAAAAUACCCAGACAUAUAAAAACACGAUAAAAUCAAAAAAAUCGACAAAUGCAAAACUUUCUUGCUUUAUAUUUUUCUCUUACUUUUACUAUGGCUUCUCUUUUGUAAAUAUUUUGCUUAAACUCUACGAACAUUUGCAAUUUUCCAAAAAUGUCCCUAUAUACAAAUGUUUUUGUUCACUUAAAAAAAUCAUGACUGUGGUGUUUUAUUUACUAUUAUUUUUAAAAUCUAAUAUUAUAUAGUCGAAGUAAAAAAUAUACAAAUUUUUAUAAUACAUAUGUCUUGCUUUAUUUCAUUCCUUAUGACCACUUGUUGCUCAGAAAAGCGCCAAUCAAUCAUACAAAAACAUACAAAAAAUUAUAAGAAAUCAAAAUUUAUUGACAAUUUAAAUCAGUUCAUGUUUAUCCACAUACAUACAAUUAUUUUUAAAAACAAACUGUUUAUAACGAAAACCUUUUUAUUUACCCAUAAGAAAAUGUGUUUCUAUGAUUUUUAACAGCUUAAGUAAACUUUUACAUGUAUAUAUAAUAAAAAUGUUCACUUAAAAAACACGUUAAAUUAUUUUGGUUGUUGAAUAAAAGGCGAAUUACAGAAAAGUGCAAAGUAUAAAGUAACUUGAAAAUAUUAUAAAACCUUUAAACCUCUCCGCUGCGUUAGGACUCGCCUCCUCAUUAGACGAGCAUAAUGAUUGCCAUCGCCUCAUGGCGUUACGUUCCACGGGAAACUUAACUAUUUAGCACAAGUAGAACGAAAUUCUUGCGCUUGGCUAACAUUAACGUGGUUCGCUGUGUAUAUAACCGAUCGUCAAGAAAUAUAUA